UAAACUAUUGGACGCGGAAGAAGACGUCAUCCUUAACAUAAGCCGCAGCUCAUUUGUUACUAACGUCUUGCGUAUUGCUAGUGAAUUAACAUCUGUGAAUAAACCGGACAUCUUGGAGCACAAAAUGUCAUGGAUCCGUGAGGGAGAGCUGAGCUUCAUUGAGAAGCUCACUGCUAAUAUACUGAAGGCUGGUCCGAUGCCUAAGCAUGUGGCUUUCAUCAUGGAUGGUAACCGGCGUUACGCCCGCAAGUGCCAUGUGGAGCGACAGGAGGGGCACACUCAGGGCUUUGACAAGCUGGCCGAGACCCUGCGCUGGUGUUUAAACCUGGACAUCCGGGAGGUGACGGUGUACGCCUUCAGUAUUGAGAACUUCAAGCGUUCCAAAGAGGAAGUGGAUGGUCUGAUGGAGCUGGCCAGGCAGAAGUUUCAGAAACUUUUGGAGGAACAGGGGAAUUUGGAAAAGCAUGGCGUGUGCAUCCGAGUGUUAGGAGACCUGACCCUGCUGCCGGUGGACCUCCAGCGGCUCAUCGCCCAGGCCGUGGUGGCCACCAGGACACACGACAAACAUGAGAUCACAAAUGCUGUGAAGGAGAUGGCCUGGGGUGUGGAGCAGGGCUUGAUAAAAUCCAGUGACGUCUCAGAGUCUCUGCUAAGCAAGUGCCUGUAUAGCAGUGGCUCCCCUGAUCCUGACCUGCUCAUCCGUACCUCAGGGGAGGUACGCCUCAGCGACUUCCUGCUUUGGCAGACUGCCUACUCUUGCCUGGUGUUCCAGUCCGUCUUAUGGCCUGAAUAUUCCUUCUGGAACCUCUGUGAAGCAAUCUUGCAGUACCAGCUCAAUUACUGGCCCCUUCAGAAAGCACGGGACCAGCACCGCGAGGAGCAAGCCCGGCAGCAACUGGAGGCAGACUGCAGCUGCGUAGCAGAACUUCUGCAGCAACUUGGGAGUGCAAAGCCAGCUGAGGUCCGCACCAGACAGGACCUUCUGCUAAGCUAUGCAGUGGACAGGGACCAGAGGAUUCAAGGCUUCCUCAGUGUACUUCAGCAUAAGAGGGACAGUUUCUUCACAGACUUAACCAGCCAGGCUGUUCUUGCAUAGUCCAGAAGAUAUGAAGGAUAAGUCCAUUCUGAAGUACUUGCAGGUUGUGGGCAAUUGGCAGUUAUUUUGUAUUUUAUCAGAAAGUACUGUAGCAGGUGACUCAACUGUGGUUUUACCCCUAUGGGGAAUUGCAUUAUCAAAGUCAGAUUUACUGGAACCCUGUCAAUAUCCCUACAACAUUUAUACAAACACAGCCACCAUUUGAGACUGGUUCCCAAGUGCUGGGGAAACUGGUGGCGUUCUCUGGUAAAUACUGUCCUUCGUGGAAAUUCUGUAUCAUACACUGCAGACUGCAUUGUCAUACUGGUCACAAUCCAAGACACUUCUUCUGUGGGACGAGGUAACCAUUUUGGACUUUUAAUAUUGGUUAGCUCUCACCUGUAGAUAUCAAUGACAUUCGAACAGAAUUAAAAGCUUGGAAUUGUUUGAGCUGUGGAUGAAACUGUUACAUUGUGCGGUUGUCACAAUAGAUCUUAAUUGGACUACUUGAUUAAAAUGCAUUUUGUGGUAUGACAGAACGUUUAAUGUGAUUAAUUGCUUGUUUUUGGCUGCCAUAAGUGUUGGUGUAAUUGUAAAAUAUCUUUAU